UAACUUUACCUUCUUCCGCUUUCUUAAUUUCACAAUCUAGGAAUGUAUGGAUUCUCCCCAUCAAUCUCCACCGUCUGUGAAUCCGCCGGUAGGACUACAGCCCCCCCACCUCUCUCUCUUUCUCUCUCUGCCAUCAUCCCUUCACAUGUCUUUGUUUUCCAGUGAGGAGAUAAAAAGCUUCUCUACUCGUUUCAACUAGUCACGGGUUCAUUCUAUGUAUAAAAUAUUCAUUCAUCAAACCAUACCAUUAUUCAUUCAUACAGUACACUAAAUAGCACAGCUUGGGUGGAAGCUUCUCCUCCCAUUCCCAUGUUCGCUGCCAUGGAUCCAAGGGUUGUCUUUCUUCUUCUUGUGUCUUUCUUUACUCCCUUGCUCUCUCUGAAGGUUCACCCAGCAAAACCUGCUGCUAAAAUCACUGUAAUGGGGGUGGUUUAUUGUGAUAUAUGCUCCAGCAAUAUCUUCUCUAGACAGAGCUACUUCUUACCAGAUGUGGAAGUUCACAUGGACUGUAAGUUCAAUGCAAACUCACAAACCACCUCAGAGAGGCUCUCCUUCUCGGUCAACAGAACUACUGAUCGAUUUGGUGUUUAUAGUUUGGAAAUCCCAUCUGUUGAUGGAUUUGAAUGCGCUAACGGUCCAGCCAUAGAAUCAGUUUGCCAAGCAAGCUUGAUUGGGAGCUCAUCUUCUUCAUGCAAUGUUCCUGGCUUAAGAAAAACAUCAGACCAAAUGGCAAUCAUAUCCAGGCAAGUCAAUCUCUGCGUGUACAGCUUAGGUGCAUUGAAUUACAGACCACGCAAGAGGAAUAUUACCUUGUGUGGUAAGUACAAAUAGAGAGUUCUAAGGUUGUUUGAAUUCUUCAAGGUUCUUUUUGCCCUACUUCCCACCAUUGGGUUUUCAUUAAACCCCACCUGCCACCAUUUCCUUUACCUUUAACCUCGUUGCCUUUGCCUACCUUGCCACCUUAUCCAUCCAUUAAUGCAGCUUCCAGCGCCACCUUCCCUGUCUUUCCCAUUCCCUCCUCUGCUCUGUUUUCCCCAUCUCCUCCGUUUACCUUUAAUCCCUGCCUAACAUCCUUCACCACCUACAUUCAAUCUUAAAAGACCAUCAUUUACCCUGCAUCGCUUCCUUCACCAUCCAUGUUUAAUACAAAAGACCGAGUAUCCUGGCCUGGUCAUCUUUCACCCCUCCGACGAUAGAAUUUUGUUUUAUCCCUUACAUGUUUCUCCCCAUAUGGUUAUUUAUGCCGACAGAGUUCUCAUGUAAGCAUUGAAUACAAUUUAGUGGAUACAAUAGAUUAUGUAUUUACGUCGCAUACCACUUUGAAA